GCAACCAUAUGCCAUCGGCAGAGUGAGUGACGGGUGACGUUCGCCUGUGCCCUUUGCUCAGCUCAGUCCACAUUUUGCAUUUCGAUCGUCUGCUUGUGUUUUUCGAAGAGUUUUUGCUGUCAAAAAUUGGACACAAGCUUAGUCGAUUUGGAGCUGACAGCUGCAAAGGAGACGCAAAUACAUUCUUAUCGCAAGCUCUUUCACAUUUCAAUUACCGAACCAGGUAGACAGAAGAGUUGUAACGAUGGCCGAAAGUGAUAUGCCAACGUUCAAGUGCGUCCUGGUGGGAGAUGGAGGUACCGGUAAAACCACAUUCGUCAAACGCCACAUGACCGGUGAGUUUGAAAAGAAAUACGUCGCGACUCUCGGUGUCGAAGUGCACCCGCUGGUGUUUCACACAAACCGUGGUGCGAUACGGUUCAACGUCUGGGACACGGCUGGGCAGGAGAAGUUUGGUGGACUACGAGAUGGUUACUACAUUCAGGGUCAGUGCGCCAUCAUCAUGUUCGAUGUGACGUCCCGAGUAACCUACAAAAAUGUCCCCAACUGGCACAGAGAUUUAGUGCGAGUGUGUGAAAAUAUUCCGAUUGUGCUAUGCGGAAACAAGGUCGAUAUCAAGGAUCGAAAAGUCAAAGCAAAAGCUAUUGUGUUUCACCGGAAGAAGAAUCUACAGUACUACGACAUUUCCGCCAAGUCAAAUUACAACUUCGAAAAACCAUUCCUCUGGCUGGCCCGCAAACUGGUUGGCGAUCCGAACCUGGAGUUCGUUGCCAUGCCCGCUCUGCUACCGCCAGAGGUCAAAAUGGACAAGGACUGGCAGCAGCAGAUCGAAAAGGAUCUGCAAGAGGCGCAGGCUACCGCGUUGCCGGAUGAGGAUGAGGAUCUGUAAACGUCAACAUAAAAUAAAUUAUACAUUAAACGUGAGCGGAAUCCAGUAAAAAAUAACCGAAAGAAAGCCUGAUGAAAAAGGAAGGGUUGCGAGAGAAAUAACGCUCGUUUAACAUUUAAGCAAAAAUAAACAAAACUAAUGUAAUGAUAUGAGAAGUAAUUAUUAAUAAUUAUUGAGGAGUAUGAUCGAAUGAUGUUGAGACAAAAACAAACUGUAACAUGGAUAGAGAUCGUCGGUAUCUCGAUUUUUGCUAAGAAGAAAGCGAUGAAAAAUGAAGUGCAGAGCCGUUGCGUGAUUUAGACUGUAAAUUGCUAACAUUCACUCUGUAACACAUACUAUAUGCACUAUCAAAACUACAAUUUGCGAAGUAACUUGGUUAUUCUUGGCUUCUUGAAGCCAAUAAAUUAUUGUUCGUUUAUGUUUUUAAUUAUUUUGGUUAAAAUCAGUAAGAGAGCAGCUGUGUUUGCCGUUUCUGCUUCUUGAUUGUAUGUACCGUUGCAAUUAGAGUUUCUGUAAGUACUCAAUUCUAGUUAUUUUCCGAGUAGAAGAUUCUUAAUCAGAAAUGAUUUUUGAGUGAAAUUGAAGUAUGGCAAAUGCUAUUUGAAAGGAACGCAACUAUAAUUAAUGUAAAUUAAUUUAUACAAAUAUAUUCUUUCCCAGUAACACAAGUUUAUCUUUACCUUUACAACUCUUUCGUGUGUGCGCAGGAUAGAUUCGAAAAUUGGCUUGAAAGUUGUAUCUAGUUUUUCUACAUCCAUGUUAGCUGUACAUUAUCAUUUCACAGAACAUUAGGGUCCUCUUACGCAAAGUACAUCUUUUAGCCAUACGAAAUCUCUUGCUUUGUUCAACGAUACGAAACAAAAACGAUGUGCAGAUCUAGUUAGAGUGUAGUAGAAAACAAAUAUUACACUAAUUCAGUAGGUGAAUCGGAAAUAAUGAGUAGUACAUGAGUAUGAAUGAAAAGUUUGAAUAAAAAAUAAAUUUCAUUUUAAUGUGA